AGCCCGCGAUCCGAUUAAAAAUAUAUACAUAUCACUUGGCCAGCGGUCAACAUCAAAAAAGCACGCAACCUUGAUGAAAACCAAACGUGAGCCCGCGAUAUGGUCACAUGAUACUGGUCAGUGAAUACCUUGUUUUGACAGGUGUUGAUUGGCCAUAUUAUGGAUGUCUAAUAUCAAAUAUGUACGCUGUAAAUCAAGCCUGCAUGCCUCGGUCGACCUAUUAGCUGGGGUAUGGCCGCCAUGUUGCGCGACGUUGUCGUCGUUGUUGGGCGCACCCGCUUGCGAUCCAUGCCACUAGCCAUGUUGACCAUGUGUAAAAAGAGUUCCAUGGUUUUCUACUUCUAUGCAUACAUGUGGUUCUCUUCCUAUAGUUAUUGGGCUCCACUUGGCUGGCGGCCCUUGGGGCCGCUGGAGCUCCGCUAAUAAUUCUCGUAAGCGGACAGCUCUACUAACGGACGCUUUUUCCAGUUCUCGAGGGUAUCGGCUUACUAGAGAGUUGACUGUAUACGAAUUAUUUCAUUAUAUAAUUUUGUUUAUUUUAUAUCUUGUUUGAUUACUCGAUUCAAUUGAACAGAUUUGGGGAAUAAAGAUAAUGAAAAUACAUAACGACAUAAGAGCGUGAACCUGGUUACGACGAUAAUUUGACCGAAGCGCCAUGCGCUGUGUAAAAAUGAAAUCCUUGUAAUGUCUUUUCUAGUACUUUCCUAGUGGUGUCCUCCAUCCCUCCUCUUAACAUCCAACAGAGCAUUAUAUCCUAGAACAUGACAUUGUACAUGAGGACGGAAAAUCCUUUAUAUUGUCCUUUUUGACAGGUUAAAACCAAGAAGUUAUCCAAAACGCCUUGAGGUAAUUGAGAACAUUUCUUGGUUGAUUUUCAGGAUCUGUGAAAGGUUUAGUCAAUCCUGUAUUCAGUGAACCAGACUGCGCUAUCCCCGAAGAAAGGAGUCGCAUUCAAGACAAGCACAUGGUCGGUUGUGUGUCACGUGACUCCUCAAGUUCAGCCAAUCGCUACACGUUACCCAGACCACAGUCCGUGAACUUUUCUUCAAUGGACAAUCGAAAUGACUUCUUACUGCGUGACGACUUGUGUACUUCUCAGAACUCACUUGAUCAAAAUCAAGGCUUUUACGCUCAAGGACUAUUUAAUAACGCAGCAGUAAAUAAUGAAGUGGGAAGUUCAUUGUCCAUGGAUUCGGGAAAUCCUCUUGGAACACAGUCACUGGAGAGUUUUGAUGACAGAAGUCACAACACACCUCCUAACAGGUCCUCGGGGGAAGCUUGCUCUGAUAUUUCAAGGCCAACUCGUCCAGUGUCACUAAACUUGGAGCAGAUAGCGGCAGAUAAUUCAAGCGAGGUUACAGGUCAGACCAGCGGUUAUAGCACAUCAAAUGAUUCAGACUUGGAAGAAUCCAGGGAGUUGGAUUUUGAUAUUGAAGACGAGAUGUCACUCUCUCGGGAAACACAGGUACAUGUGUUGGAACCUUAGGGGCUUUGCGUGAAUUAGUAGAAGGAAGGGAAGAAGUGAUUGGCUGUGAGUAAAAUUGACUGAAGCAAUGGGUUGAGUGAGGCUGGGGAGGAGGGAAGUUGGUGGAUAGGUGUGCCGAGAAGAAGGGCCACAUGCUGUUUUCAGUAUUAAUGUUUGUUUCCGAGGGAAAGGAAUUAAGAUCCGCUUUGGGUGAAUUGUGACGUUACCAACUUAUGUUAUAAAUGGACAAUUAGUUUGUAAAGUGAUAAUCAUUUCUGAAUGUUUACAGUCUUUACAAGCUUUUACAAGUGAGGUGGUUCUUGAGAAUCUUCAGAGGUAAAAAGACAA